GCAGAGACUGGCAAGUGAAGCCGUUGCUACCAGUGUUCGGUUUGUUUACAUCCGGGGACUUCCAACGCUUCUCUCCCACGCCUCCGCCCUCCGUUGCCCUUUUCCAAGAUGGCGACCAUAACAGAACUGAAAGCAGUCUCUUGUGUCUUUGUGCUGCUAGUUUUAAAAGACACGCUGGAGAAGAGAGGGACGCUGGGGCAGAUAAAGGCAAGGAUCAGAGCGGAGGUCUUCAAUGCGCUGGACGACCAAAGCGAACCGCGGCCGCCGUUGUCCCACGAGAAUCUCCUGAUCAACGAACUGAUCCGCGAAUACCUGGAGUUUAACAAGUACAAAUACGCCGCGUCCGUCCUCACGGCAGAAUCCGGCCAACCUGAAGCUCCACUGGACCGGGAAUUUCUUGUGAAUGAACUCAAUAUAGUCGAAGAUCCCAGGAGCAGAUCAGUGCCGCUCCUCUAUGGGAUUGUAACCCAGCUGCUGAAGGGCAAUGAAGAAAAGGUCUGCCAUACUUUCCCCGCGGCAUCAUCUGCGCAGUUUUCAAAGUGGAACCUCAGCAAGCCAUCGGACCAAAGGCCCCAAAUGGACCCAGUUUUGGAGUCGGCGCAUGCGGUCAGCCUGCGGCUUGGGGAUGCCUUGCCUUCGCUAGAUGCACGUAGAUGAAAUAAACCAGUUGCGCAUCCUUUCACGCAAA